AUGAGGAAACCCGGGCGGAAAAUUGUGUACGUUCCUGACGAUGAUGCCCAAUUUCUCGGGUCGAUGUCAGAUCCCCUUCCACCUCGGGUUUCCGAUUUACUUCGACUGAAGUCACCAAGUAUGUCUGACAAUGGUCAUGCAGAGACGGGCAGUAAUGGAACCACAGGGUCACCAGGUUACGAAAGUAUUGGGAACGAACUUCUUGUAUCGUACGGCGGCUAUACUUUGGCGGAUGGGUCAGGCACCCUGCACCCCCCAACGACGAGGCGGAAUGGUGCUCAGCUUUACAAAUCGCUGAGAAAGUGUUGCCGGUUUUUGCGGGCAAGUUUGUCGGACAGCAUGGCCCCCAAAUUAGAAACCGAUUCCGAAUCCUCAUGGUCCUGUCCAUCAUUUUGUUCCUCCGAUCCGACCAGCAGCUCGGAAUACAGUGACGUGUCACCGCAGCGAGGCCGCCGUCGUGCUGCUAAACAAGCGAAUGAACAAACAGGGUACAACGCCAUGAUUGUCGUGCAACUUCGUCGGCUUCUCCAUAAAAGAGGGCUAUCCACCUGUGGGAUCAAAAAGGUCCUCGUCGCCCGCUUGGAACAGAGCGAUAUGCAGCUAUCCAAAUCAAAGGAAGAAGGGGAAGAGCAGAAGGAACAGGAGGAACUUGACGGCUCUGCAGGUGAGUGUACAAAGACUGAGAGGUCAGAGGAUGUGUGCAGUGCUUCAUGUGGAAAUGUGUCCGGUCGUGUGACCGCGGCUGGACCGACAUCAAUGCUGAGUUCUCUGCUAAGUUUUGGCUCAAGACUGUUCCGAGCGUCUACAGGCAGUGUUUCUGAAGGCGGUCAUGUAUCGGGACUCAAGCGCCGCAGGAGCGUUUAG